CAGCCGGUUAAUAAGACGCCGGUUUGAAGCCGGAGCAGAACCAGAGAUGCUGCCGGACUGAGGCGGCACCGACAGCCGGAGAGCAGAGUCUGACACAGGCAGAGCGUCUGAGGCGACCCGGUCUCUUCCAGACAUGGUUCAGCACACGGAACAUGGCGGGCCGGGGCCGAACAGCGGCUCCCGCGAGGCGGCAGACCCCGAGGAGAGCGAGCUGCUGGCGGCCUCGGCGUGCAGCCCCGUGCCGCUGAAGCCGGACUGGUGUAAGACCGCCUCGGGUCACAUCAAGCGGCCCAUGAACGCCUUCAUGGUGUGGUCCAAGAUCGAGCGGAGGAAGAUCAUGGAGCAGGCGCCGGACAUGCACAACGCGGAGAUCUCCAAGCGGCUCGGGAAGCGCUGGAAGAUGUUGAAGGACACCGAGAAGAUCCCGUUCAUCCGGGAGGCGGAGCGGCUCCGGCUCAAGCACAUGGCCGACUAUCCGGACUACAAGUACCGGCCCAAGAAGAAGCCCAAGACCGAAGGCUGCGCGUUUCCUGCGGGGAAGUCGGCAGCUCCGUCCCCGGAGAAAGCCAGCGUCAGACCCGGUCAUAAGAGCCACGCCGCCGCCAAGAAGUUCACCAAACUGAAGCCCGGGAAGCCGGCGGCCGGUCCCGGCAGAGCGAGCAGCCACCUCCCGCAGCACCAGCAGCCGGACCCCCGGUACCGGUACGUGUUGACCACCAGCUUUAAAAGCAACAAGGUCGUUAAACGGGAGUUUACCGACGACGAGGAGGAGGACGACGAGGAGGACGAGGAGGAGGAGGAGGACUCCGAGGAGGAGCGAGAGUUGAAGGCGGAGGAGGAGGACGAGCCGUCCCGGUACAGCCUCGCUAAGAUGCCGGCCAGCCUGAGCCUGAGCUCCGCCGCAGAGCCGGAGGGGACCGGCGUGUACGAGUCCUCCGGCCGGCUCUUCUACAGCUUCAAGAACAUCACCCGGCAGGGCGCCGGCACCUCCUCAUACCCGGUCUCCCUCUCACCAGCAUCCUCGUCCCGGUCCGGCUCCACCUCCUCCUCCUCCUGCUGCGGGGAGGACCUGGACGACCUCCCGGCGGAGGGCACCGACUUCACCCUGAGCCUCCUGACCGGCUUCCACGACUCGUCGUCCAGCUCCGCCCCGGGGAACCUGAGCCUGUCCCUGGUGGACAAAGACCUGGAGGGCAGCGAGGGCAGCCUCGGCUCGCACUUCGACUUCCCGGACUACUGCACCCCGGAGCUCAGCGAGAUGAUCGCGGGGGACUGGCUGGAGGCGAACUUCACGGACCUGGUGUUCACGUACUGACCCGCACCGGCCGGAGAGGGACAGGGUUAUGAUUUAACACCCGCCUCAGGUGCCCCGGAGCCGGUUCUGGAGGGGAGGAUGUGGAGCUCCAGAGCCAGGCAGGGACCGGGGUGAUGUGGCUGCUGCUGCCGGGGGACGGAGCUUGUUUUCGGGAUUGGACCCGGACUGAGCACGCUGCGGUAUGUAUUCACUUCAACAGGGUUUUUAUGGACUUUGAGUUCUGUUGGCCGGAUCCGAACCAGGACCCGGACUAUGCAUUCCCGUCCAGACCCAAAUAUGACUCUAAUGAACACUAAUAUAUCAGGAACCAGAACCCGGCCCGGCCGGACCUCCAGGACUGUUAAUGGGACUCGUUUUGUUUCGGGGUUCUUCAGCUGACCCAAACGGACCAGAACCGAACAUACCUCAUGUUUUUUUAAAGGAGUAUUUUUGUAGUUUUUCAGGCACUUCUUCUUCUUCACGUUUCAUCCUGAUGUCUGACAGGUCGAGGGU